AUGGAGCUGGCGAUGGAGAACCUGGGCAGCCUGCACGGAGUCCCGCACUCGCAGCCCGCCGAGCUGCUGAGCCCCGCGCACGGGCGGCAGAGCUCGCACCGCAACCUGGUGCCGCACGGCCGGCCCGCCAUGGUCUCGGGCAUGGCCUCCAUCCUGGAGGGGGGCGACUACCGCGGCGAGCACAGCCUGGGAGCCCCGCUGCACCCCGCCAUGAGCAUGUCCUGCGAGUCGCCCUCCGGCAUGAGCCUGAGCAGCACCUACACCACGCUGACUCCCCUGCAGCACCUGCCGCCCAUCUCCACCGUCUCGGAGAAGUUCCACCACCCGCACCACCACCACCACCACCACCACCCACACCAGCGCCUGGCCGGCAACGUCAGCGGUAGCUUCACCCUCAUGCGCGACGAGCGGAGCUUGGCCUCCAUGGGCAACCUCUACAGCCACUACCCCAAGGACAUGCCGGCCAUGGGGCAGCCCCUAUCGCCGCUGCCCAACGGGCUGGGCAGCCUCCACAAUGCCCAGCAGCCGCUGGCCCCCUACGGCCCCGCCGGCCACUUGCCCAACGAGAAGAUGCUCUCGCCCAACGGCUUCGACUCGCACGCCGCGAUGCUGUCCCGGGGCGAGGAGCACCUGGCGCGGGGGCUGGCGGCGCCCAGCUCGGCCAUGAUGCCGCCGCUCAACGGGAUGCACCCGCACGGCCACCCGCACGGCCAGCCCGGAGCCUCGCUGCUGGGCGAGCGGGAGCGCCCGGCGCCCGGCGCCGGCUCCCAGCCCGGCGGCUCCGGGCAGGUGGAGGAGAUCAACACCAAGGAGGUGGCCCAGCGGAUCACGGCCGAGCUGAAGCGGUACAGCAUCCCGCAGGCCAUCUUCGCGCAGAGGAUCUUGUGCCGCUCCCAGGGGACCCUCUCGGACCUGCUGCGGAACCCCAAGCCCUGGAGUAAGCUCAAGUCCGGCCGGGAGACUUUCCGCAGGAUGUGGAAAUGGUUGCAGGAGCCGGAAUUUCAGAGGAUGUCGGCGCUCAGACUGGCAGCUUGCAAACGCAAGGAGCAGGAGCAGCAGAAGGACCGGAGCCUGCAGCCCAAGAAGCAGCGCCUGGUCUUCACGGACCUGCAGCGCCGCACCCUGAUCGCCAUCUUCAAGGAGAACAAGCGCCCGUCCAAGGAGAUGCAGAUGACCAUCUCCCAGCAGCUGGGCCUGGAGCUCAACACCGUCAGCAACUUCUUCAUGAACGCCCGCCGGCGGUGCAUGAACCGCUGGCAGGAGGAGCCAGGCGCCAACCCCGGGGUCCCCUCGUCGUCUACAAGCACUUUCUCCAAAGCAUGAUGUCCCCCAGGCCCUCCCUGCCCCUUCCUGGAUGUCCCCCCCAUGACAAAGCCAACCCCAGACUCACACGCAUGGCCUGACCGGGGUGGGUGCUUUUGGGGUGAGUUUGUUAGCCUCCCAAACCCUCAGCUGGGUGUCACCCAUGGACGUGGGCCUCGGGCCACCUCCUGCUGCCCC